GUCAGCAUUGUAUUCUCAUCAGAACACAUUCAGAUAUUGCAUGGACAAAAUGAGUUUAAUAGUUUUUCAAGUAAAUUGUUUCCUAUUUUUAAUAUUUUUUACCAUUGCUUUGGGGGAUCGAUGGAAUUACGGAUUCAAUUUCAUAGGAAAUACUUGCGCAUUUGCGACACUGGAUUAUGGAAAAUGUUCUAUUCGAAAUGUGAAUAAGACGCACGUCGAUAUCGACAUAAUUAUUAAACGCACGUUUCGACAGCCUUUCAUGCAAUUAUCGGUUCUACAAAUAUGCACAAAGAGAAGAAAAUCGGUCAUCCUAAAGCGGAAAUUCGAAUUUUGUAAUGAAGGGAUGUUCCUGAUGACUGACUUUUUUUCACUUUACGUUAUUUCCAUAGUAAAUGCACUUUUCAACGGUACCCAGUUAACAUGUCCAAUAACGGCACGGACACUCUCAGUUCGAUCUUUUUCAUUUAGCUCCAAAAUUAUUCCUUUGCAAUUGUUCUACAGACCUGAUUGCGUUCAAAUCGUGAAUGGGACUAUUUUUGAAGGGAGCGAAACACCUAAUUUUCUUAUUGGUUCGUUUAUUUUGAAAAUGAAAAUUGAGAAAAGCAGAGUCUUGAAAUAUGAUUGAGUGCGGUAAAAUCAAAGAGAAUAGACAUAUAUAUAUAUAUAUAUUAGUGAAAGAUAUAUGAAGCGCAG